AGUCUACUGAUCAAAUGGAGAAAGCCAAAUUAACCACGGAAAUGGAUAUCUUAUUUUAGGCUGAGAAAACCAUCCAGACCACACGGAGAUGAUGGGUGUCUGCAGCUUAGAAUUAAGGGGAAUCUCAUAUUUCUUUAUCUUGUUUCUGGUUUUCGUCGUAAGCCUUGGGGAAGGCCAAAAUGGGUGCCAUGAAUUAAUACGGUGUGGAGGCCGUGGCCAAAAUUACACCAUUCGAUUUCCCUUCCGACUUGACACCCAGCCAGACGACUGUGGGUAUCCUAUUCCUGGGUUUACUCUAUCAUCCACUCACACAAAUGACACGGUGCUGCAACUGCCAAAUUUUGUGAAAUUCUUUGUGGAAAAUAUUGACUACAAAUCUCAGGUAAUUGAAGUAUACGACCCUGACAAUUGCUUUCCCAGACAGCUUCGAGAUCUCAAUUUGUCUUCCUCGCCUUUCCUGUUCAAACAUCAACCGUACCAGUAUGACUACGCCUUUUUCAAUUGUUCCUCAAAAGAAACACAAGCAGUCGACGCGAUCUUUUGUCUUAGUGGCCCAAGCCACGAAGUUCGUGCCUUCUAUUCGGAUUCUGACAUCAACGAUCUGCCCAUAGCAUCUUGUAAAAAGAUGUAUACUCUUCCAUCAAUUUCAAAUGAUCAAUUAUUCGGUUAUGAUAAUAUUUUGAGAUUGAAGUGGGACAGUCCAAAGUGCGGACACUGUGAACGGAAAGGCAAGGGAUGUAGAUUGAAGAGUAAUAGCAAUGAAUCAGAAACUGAGUGCUUCUCCAAACAUUCUAAAGGUGUAUUAUUGAAGUUGAAGAUCACUGGUAUCGUCUUUAGUUCAUUUCUAUCAAUACUAGCGAUCUUUGCUCUCUACCGUAUCUACAGCUAUGACAAAGCAGAAAAAGAAAAUCAAGCUAAGAUCAAAACAUUUUUGGAGGAUUACAAAAAUUUCAAGCCCACCAGAUUCUCGUAUUCUGAUAUUAAGAGAAUUACAAAUCAAUUUGUCGAAAAACUAGGUGAGGGUGCUUAUGGAACAGUCUUCAAAGGAAAGCUUUCAAAUGAAGUCCAUGUUGCGGUGAAGAUGAUCAUGAACACUUCUAAAGAAAACGGGGAAGAAUUCAUAAAUGAAGUAGGGACAAUGGGCAGGAUUCAUCAUGUUAAUGUAGUUCGCUUGGUUGGCUUCUGUGCAGAUGGAUUUCGACGUGCUCUAGUUUAUGAGUUCUUACCAAAUUAUUCACUAGAGAAGUUUAUAUCUUCCGUGGACACUAAAAAUCGUUUCUUUGGUUGGGACAAGCUGCAAGAUAUUGCAAUUGGCAUAGCAAAAGGUAUUGAUUAUCUUCACCAAGGGUGCGACCAACAAAUCCUCCAUUUUGAUAUCAAGCCUCAUAAUGUUUUGCUAGAUGAAAAUUUCAAUCCAAAAAUUUCUGAUUUUGGUCUUGCCAAGUUGUGUUCCAAGGAUCAAAGUGCAGUGUCCAUGACCACAGCCAGGGGGACCUUGGGUUACAUCGCACCAGAAGUGUUCUCUAGGAACUUUGGAAAUGUUUCUUAUAAAUCCGAUAUCUAUAGUUUCGGAAUUUUAUUGCUUGAAGUGGUAGGAGGGAGAAAGAAUGUUGACAUUACAGCGGAGAACACUAGUCAAGUUUACUUUCCAGAAUGGAUCUACAAUUUCUUAGAACAAAAAGAAGACUUACGAGUGUUUAUUGAAGAUGAUGAAGAUGCUGAAAUUGCAAAGAAACUUGCAAUUAUUGGACUUUGGUGCAUCCAAUGGCACCCAGUGGAUCGUCCUUCCAUGAAAGUUAUAAUUCAAAUGUUAGAAGGAGGACAUAAACUAACUAUGCCUCCUAAUCCAUUUGCCUCGACAAGUCCCACAAGACCAAAGCUAGACCAAAAGUUAGAUGUCAUCCUAGAACAAGAAUAAUGAUCAUGUUGUACUCAAGUAUCAGAACUAUUAAUCUUUCCUCUUUUUUUCUUUAGAUGUCGAGUUCUUGGGUUGUGACUUAUGAAUUGUUAUAUAAUCUGAAAGUGAAAAUCUUUUUA